AUGCUUAAGCAACUCCCCGAGUACAAAGAUGCAGAUAUCAUUCGCACCCGAGAGAUGGCAAAACUGGGCACUUGUGAUAUCGUUGUCGAUGUGGGCGGCCUUUUCGAUGCUUCCUCUCAUCGCUAUGACCAUCACCAGCCGUAAUUCGUUUAAACCCUCCCCAUUUCUAUACCUAUCCGUUCUUAGGUCAUUUAAUCUUACCAUAAAGGACUUCCAUCCUCAUCUGCAACCCGUCGUGAAACUGAGCAGUGCAGGUCUCAUUUAUGCACACUUUGGUAAACGGAUAAUUUCUGAGAUUGCUGGCCAGUUGAAUUUUGAUGCGGACUUGGAAACGCUAUUCAAACAGGUAUGCUAUUUGCGCCUCGGUGUUUUCGAAAACCUAGGUAUAUAAAAUCUUUAUCAGUGAAGUGGAUGCAAUUGACAAUGGUGUGCCCAUCUCAGACGGUCCAACAGCGUAAAUCCUUUUGUUGAUAAUAAUGCAUUCAGCUACCAAAUUUCAACUGGACUAAGUGGUCGAGUGGAACGUCUGAACCCAGCCUGGAAUAAAGCAGAAGACGAAUCAGUAAGUUGCCUUCAGGACUGUUUUAAAAAGUGUAAGAAUUUAAAGAACUGGCCUGGAACCCUAGCCACUGCGCUCAUUUUUUGUUAUUCUCUUCUUAUUCGGUCUCGCCUCAUCAGCAGUUAGUCAGUGCCAACCGCAAGGAUUCCGCUUUUUGCCCCUUUCCUUGCAACAGCCAUCAAGUGGACUGUUGUGUAGGCCAGCGUGACGUCAAAAGCUGUUUGAUUUAUCGCAGUGCGCGCUCUAUGACCGAAAACUAGGUUCUGGGCAGUCUUUACUCGGUCAGGACUUCAUUCUCGACUGGUUUUACUUUACCCUGUCUGCCCAUUUUUCAAUUGACUACCAUGACCGCAACGCGUCCGAACAGGAACUGAGGGCCAUUUUGCCACGGAAUAAUUAGCCCUCAACUUGUCUGGAAGGGCAGACAAAUUGUCCGAGACAACCAAUUUUCUGCAUGUUGCCAGCAACAGGUGGGCAGUAGGUUGCGCCAUCCGUGACCCAUUCUGUCAGCUUAAGUCGUUUUUAGUCAGCAGCUUUCGGAAGUCGUUUACAGCGUCUCCACUAUGCGCCGGCCAGUCUUACUGGUUGGCUUGUAACCGGUGUGUUCUGCCCACCAGACGAAAUGCCUUCUACAUACUUUCUCAGUGUCGUAGCUUUUGUUCGAAUCGAAGAUAGAAAACCAAGCGUUUUUGUUAUUUGAGGCCAGGAAGAAUUGCUUCGAAAUCAAUGUUACGAGGGAGUUCGAUGAACAGACGCCGAGUUCCCGACUUGUCUGAUGUUUGUAGAAGAUGCCAAUCAGCCAUUUCUUUUAAAACUAUCUUUCCGAUCUGUUGACGUUUUCCCUCACGAUCUCGAUGGAACCGGAGUUUGUAUGCAGCGCUGUAUUUCCUAGUUUCAGAGGCAAGGUUUGAAUAUGUAGGCUCACGGAGAAAAUAAAGCAAAGGGACUCCUAAAUAUGGGAGGAAUAUCAAUAUUUGCUCUAUCAGUAGGGCAGACAGACUCAGAGGUUAACGGAAUCUGCGGAAGGCACUGAGAAAACUCGCGCUUCUGUUAUGUCCUUGUUUUACUACCCCAACGGGGUGCCGGAGCAGACCGCGCAAUCCGAAGGGAGCGAAUCAGAACCUCUUAGCGGGCGCGAAAUAAGCACACCAAGGUUGUUGGGCAAUGGAGGCCGGGCUGGGUAAGACGGUAUGCGGCGGGAAUGCUUAACUUUUACUCUUCCCCCAAUGUUUAACCUGACCCUAGCCCUAAAUUUAGCCUUGCUCUUGCGUUUGUCCGGAAAUUUCACCCUAUUAAUGCCUACCAGAAGCAAGUGAGUAGGCAUUUUAUGGCAAUAAAAGUGUGAUCUCACAUAUUCAAUCAUCACCUCCGAAUAUUCGAAUUGAAACUUCUUCCCAAAUCGUCGGGCAUCCAGUACGCUUAGCCCCUCGUUCGCCGCCUUAUCUAGUAUUUACAUACAAAUCGGAUCUUCACUACUACCAGUACGCUCAGCCACCCCUGACACUGACAGUUUUUGACUAGUGGAUUUCAUUGAUCCGUACAACAAACCUGACAGUAUUUGAUCUCAGCCUCUGCUGUGAAAAUAUCAAGACACCAACAGAAGUAUUAAUACUCUAUAGGGCCUACAUCUGUCCCUUGAACUCGAGUUGUCUGCCUUUUAUCUUCAGAAUUUCACUUCAUCAUAAUUGUCAUAUUCAGAUACACUGAGGCUGCAAGCUAAUUGCAGUUUUCGCAUGAACUCUCCUCUGGACCUUUUGUUUCUGACCGUGUUCCACCCUGAUUGCCAUGGCCCCUCUACCCUUUCACAACAAACGUAAGCGUCGAUAGAAGCGGUUAAGAAGGUACGAUCGCUGGAACAGGAAUUUUAUUGGCCUAAGGUCUCGAGUUACCACUCAAACCCGUCAUCAGAUACAGUUGAACGCGGGUGCUGCUAAUUAUAGUAGACAUGUACUUACAUGGCAACCGCGCCUUAUAAAUACUGCGCUCCUUGUGCCGCUAGCACCCUUAUCUGCGACUGUCUCUGAUAAUGGAUUCGCGUGCGGAUCCGAAACGUCAGGCCAGUGACCUAUCAGCCAUCGUACCUCCUAAGGCUUACCUGCAGUUCCAUGGCCAUGCGUGAAAACCCAAAUAGUCCGCUGUAUCGAUUUCCAAAAUACUACUGCCUACCACAUCUUGUGUAUACUUGUAUUACGAAGAAACUGUUAUGAGACCGACUGCCUGUAAUUACUAACUCGGGCACUUUUAGAGCUGGGCGCUGAUACACCCAAUGCAUCUGACAAUUUGGAAUGCCUGAAAGGUGUGCGUGGAAGGUAUUAGAAACCGCCGGAUACCUAUACAACGUCCAGACAGGUGAAGAACAGACAAUCGGAGUUGGCUAGUUUAAGAAAGCCAGAUCGUCAAAAUGGUAUACCAGACAAACUUGACCCUAACCUUAAUCGUUUCCAUAACCCUAUUCUUCGACUUGAUCCUAACCCUAAAUGUAGACAUUUCCUCAAGCCUAACCAGGGAAUUGACCCUAAUAUAUAACAUGCCCACCGAAAAUCAAAUAAACAGGCUUGUUGUAGUACUGAAAACACGGGAUUACCUAUUCAAUCAUUAUCACAAUCCUAAUUUGGAUGGUCCUUACUAAUCAAUUAAAGCUGUCCAUAUUCAAGUUUCCACCACCUUAGACUAAAUGACCUCGUCAAGUACGGCAAAUGAUGACAGUGGAGUUGCCGCCAUCACGCACCUAUUGCGCUGUCUUUUUCCUAUAGCCCUCGCCACGGGUCCUACACCCCGAACCCCUCCUUUGUUAUUACGAGAGAUUCCCCUGCGCUCUUCGCCGUGUUUUGCAGCAAGCCUUCUCCAAGGCCCUAGCCCUGGUAACAAGUGGAGACUGUCCAGCGUUUGGCAGACGUGUGGCUACCGGCUAA